UGUUUUGAUCACGUGGACAGACAAUUAGUACAAUAGUAUGAAAAUUUACCUUUACAAAAAUCAAUAUUUACCUGUAUCAAACAACGCGUUAUAACUUUAUUAAUUGGUGAAGUACAUAUAUUUCUGGUAUUCUAAGCAGUGAAUUUCAUUUUUUGGAUUGAUUUACCUUCGUCCUUGGAAUAUGUCUUUAUAAAAAAGUGAAAAGGUAGCAACAUUGUCAUUUGUCGCAUCAAUAUGGCCGACGCGAACUUCCGAUUACACACAUUCCCACCGGUGUAACAACGAUUCUUUGUGAUUUUUUGACCAGAGGACCAUUUAUUCAGAAUUCGCUUAAAAACAGUUUUAGAUUUGACUGCGAGUUUUUAAGAAUGAACAGUGAUUUACGAGAAUAAUGAUGUAUAAAUGUUUGUGGUACCUGCACGUUUGUGUGUUUGGAGCUUCGCUUUUACUCUGUGCAAAUAGCGAGGAACCACCUAUGUACUUUUCUAGAGAACCUGAAUGUGGCUCAGCAGUGAGUGAGUCGGGAGUAAAGAUUUUGACCUGUCAAUCAUACAGUGCCCCACCCCCAGAGUAUCGCUGGCUUAGGGAGGGAACCUAUGUCAGUGAAGCAAGCCUUAGUGGAACCUUUAGAAUGUACAGCAUAAAUCGUACAGCAGCAGGACUCUAUAGAUGUCAAGCAACAAAUAAGUUUGGUUCCAUCAUCAGUGACAGUUGCAGGGUGGAAGUGGCUUAUUUGGAUCCACUCCCCAACAUGCAAGAUGAAGAUGUUAAUGUUCAGAGAGAUCAUGGAAUCAAAAUAUCCUUGCCCCCUUUUAAAUCAUACCCAUAUCCACCCACGGUGGAAUGGAAACUUAAUUCACAGAUCAUGGCCGAUGAAGGCCCACAUCAUCAAGUGACCCUCUCAAAGGACCUAGUGCUGCUUGACACCAAAACCAGUGAUGAUGGGAAACAGUUCCAAGCAGACAUUCUGAAUGGCUUAAAUGGACAAACCAGCAGAACACAGACAUACACAGUGAGAGUGUCAGGAGUUUCUUCAGGUGUUGGACCAGAAGUGAUUGUAGGACCAAAAGACACAACAGCAAACCAGGGAGACUAUACAGUGGACUUCGAAUGUGUUAUUAAUGCUAGUCCCAUUAACCUUUUGAUCACCAAGUGGUACAGAGUAACAGAUGGAUCCGAGACAGAAAUACAACAGAAUGCCAAAUACCUGUUGUCUGGAGGAUAUCACCGCAUCCUCUCUAUUAAGAGUCCGGAGAAGAGUGACACUGGGCUGUACCGCUGUAGGGCUUCCAUGUCUGGUGCCAUCAGUUAUCCCCCAGUCAUCCUAGAUGCCAAUCUUACCGUAUAUGAGAGUCCUGUCAUCACUUCCCAGAUUGAGACUCAGUAUGUCAGAGACUUCAGUCAGAACAUUACCAUACACUGUCAAGGCCAGGGAACACCCGACCCUACAGUGCUGUGGUACUUUAACUCCCAGCUUCUUCGGUCCACUCAGAAACUAACAGUAUUUCCCAAUGGAACACUAAGCAUCACAUUCCUAGACAUGACAGACUCAGGGGUGUAUAUGUGUUUUGCUCGGAAUGAGGCUGGAGAAACUAAAAAGGCCACUUGGAUUAAAGUCAACAGUUCCCCACCAGAAAUAAUCAACAAGCCAGGCAACUUGACAAUUACAGAAGGAAGUAAUGCCAGGUUCCCUUGUGAAGCAACAGGUGCCCCCAAACCAACUGUAUCCUGGAAGAGAAUAACAUCUAGUGGUUCUGUCAAUAUUGUGAGUGGGGGGAGGAUCCAGAUUCUGGAGAAUGGAGAACUACUGAUCACAACCACAGAGUCCACAGAUUCAGGACAUUAUGUCUGUAAUGCCUCUAACAGCAGGGGAAGCCAAACAGCUGAAGCUUUCCUGGAAGUUUAUGUAAAAACAGUCAUAACACACCCUCCCACAAAUACCUCAAUCAUCAAGGGUUCAUCAGCCUCCCUGCAGUGUAAGGUAUCAAAGGAUCCCAAUGUGGGGGUAAACUGGCACUGGUUUCUGACCCCACCUGAAUCUGCUACUUCCACAGAGAUUACCAAUUCCCCCCGCCACACAGUAAGCAGUCAGGAUGGGACACUGACGAUCACAGGAGUGUAUAAUGUGGACAUUGGAUGGUAUAGAUGUCAGGUUAUCUCUAAAGGUGGCAAUGACAGCAGAUAUGCUUUCUUACAAGUCACGGAAUUACCUCACAAACCUGUUGUGACUAGUGUGGUUCACAACCCUUCCAACUUACGCAGCAUCAAUGUUUCCUGGAGUCCAGGGUUUGAUGGAAAUAGUCCAAUUCAGAGAUUUAUAUUACAGUACAGAAAGGUGGAUUAUAUACCUGAUAAAGGAGUUGUAGCUGUUGACCCUUGGAAUGUGUUUAAUAGCAAUGUUCCCCCAAAUUCAAGAUCGUUGAUAGUGAGUGGUCUGCGGCCAGCCAGAUACUUUCAGGUCAUUAUUAGUGCUGUCAACUCUGUAGGGGAGGGUUCAGCAAGUGAUCCAAGACCAAUGCCACCAAUCAAAAUGCCAGAACAAGCACCAUCUAGUCCUCCAAAGGGCUUUUAUGGUAGUCCUAGAUCCAAUUCAUCGAUCAUGUUGUUAUGGCAAGCCCCCUCAGAAGACACAUGGAAUGGAGACCUGAAGGGUUACAUGAUCCGAUACAAGCUGACUAACUAUCCAGACAGCACCUAUCAGAGUGUGAACACCUCUAAUCCACUGGUCACCACCUACGAACUGACCAACCUUAUCAUAUUCCAGUCAUAUGAAUUUCAGAUAGCUGCUUAUAACAAUGAAGGUGUUGGAGUGUUUUCUAACACAAUCGAAGAAAGAACCAUGGAAGGUCAGCCCACUAGACCUCCCAAAAAUGUUCAAGUAGUGGCAGAAAAUUCCACUGUUGUGAGAGUCUCAUGGGAACCUGUGGAUGCAGCCUACAUAAAUGGAGUUGCACUGGGUUACAAAGUUAGGGCUCGAAGACAGGGACAACCCACCAUUGAAAGGGAGUUGUCAGUGCCACCCAAUCCAAAUGAUCCUAUUGGAAUACAGUCAGUAUAUGUGCACAAUCUGAAGAAGUUCACAUAUUAUACUGUGGAAGUUCUGUGUUAUACAGGGGCUGGAGAUGGUCCUGCCAGUACUCAAGUAUCAGUCAGGACUGAUGAAGAUGUACCUGGAAAAGUUGCAUCUCUCCAUUUUGAAGACAUCAUGGAUACAUCUUUGAAAGUUGUCUGGAGUCCCCCAACAGAAGUUAAUGGCAUUCUUUUGGGAUACACCCUUCAGUGGGAACAGAAAAACAAAACUCCCACAAAACAACAAGUACAACUUAACCAGGGCACCACCUCGUACACCAUUAGAAAUCUAAUGCCCACCACCAACUACACUAUCUACCUGUUUGCCAGGACUGCUAAAGGAGCUGGGGCAAUUAGCUCAGCAGACAUUGAGUCGGGGGUCCCUCCAGAACUUCCCAAACCACCUGAACAACUUGGUGUCAGUGAUAUUCAAGCAAGAUCAGUUGUCAUUCAAUUCUUCCCAGGAUUUGAUGGAAAAACUUCAAUAACUAAUUGGGUUGUGGAGGCUCAGGUUGGGAGUUCUGAGACCUGGAAAGAAAUCUACCGAGUUUCAGCUCCUGAUGCUACAUCCAUUACAGUGCAGAAUCUCACUCCUUACACUCUGUAUAAGAUGAGGAUUAUAGCAGUCAAUAUAGUCGGUCCCAGCUUGCCAAGUGAAUCCACUCGACAGUUUCAAACAAGUCAAGAUUCCCCAAAUGUGCCCCCUGGAGAAGUGACCUUGCGAGCUGUUAAUGCCACGGCACUUAGGAUUAGUUGGGCUCCUCUUCCUUCACAAGAUUGGAAUGGUCAGCCCAAAGGAUACAGGAUCCUGUACAGAGAGGACAAUGGUACGUCCUGGAGAAGUGUAAACCUGACGUUAGAUAGGGACUUCUUUAUCCUGAGUGGUCUGGAAGAGUGGAUGGUGUACGAGGUCAAAAUGCAGUCUUAUAAUGAUGUAGGAAACAGUGCAUUCAGCUCUGUGCAGCGAGAAAGGACGAGGGAUGCCAGACCCAGUUCAGGACCUGUGUCUGUAGACUGUAGAACUAAUUCUUCCACCAGUAUACGAUGUACCUGGGGAGAUGUUCCUUACCUGGAUCAGAAUGGAAUCAUUUUAGGAUACAAGGUGUUGUACAGGGAUAUGUCAUCAUCACAUAUUGAACCAGAGGUUUUGAAGGUAGUAGGAAAUGAGACAAAGUCUGUCUUGAUAGGUGGUCUAAGGAAGUAUGUGGAUUAUCAGAUCCAGCUUCUGGCUUACACCAGAAUGGGAGAUGGGGAACUCAGCCAACCUCCAGUAGAAAAGACAACACUGGAUGAUGUCCCUGGGCCACCUGUAAGAUUAUGGUUUCCAGAAGUCACCUCUAACACAGUCAAGAUUAUGUGGUCCCCACCCCUAGAGCCAAAUGGUAUCAUCUCUGGAUAUAUGGUGACAUACAGGAGGGAUGACACAUCUAACACAUUCAACAGUUCUGUUAUAGUUGCUUCACAGCUGCAGUAUUACAUCAGCUCCCUGGAAAACAACAAGUAUUAUUCCUUCAGUGUGAUGGCAAAGACUCGUAGAGGGUGGGGGAGUGCUGCGAGUGCCAAAGUAUAUACAACUAUCAAUAGACGUGUACCAGACAGUCCAACAAAGCCCACAAUAAUGUCAGAUAUCCGAGCUCGCUCUCUUACCAUCAGCUGGCUGUCGGGAUUUGAUGGCUAUGGUCCUCUGAGAAACUACACCAUCCAGUAUAAGAAGAGAGAUGGAGACUGGACAUAUGUACCAGAUUCACCACCAGCAAGUGUCACCUCAUUCACUAUCACAAAUUUACAUCCAAACACUGUGUACAUUUUCCGAGUUGCAGCCAACAAUGAUGUGGGGUCCAGUAACUUCAGUGAGGCCUCAGACGAGGCUACUACUCUACAAGACAAACCUGAGGGUGCUCCAGAAAAUGUAGUAGUUGUACCACUGACAAGAGAGUCACUUAACAUAUCAUGGCAGCAUCCUCCUCCUGCUACUUGGAAUGGUGACAUUUUGGGGUAUAUCGUUCAGUAUCGUCAGCAAAGCAUGUCAAGUUACCAAGACAAGACUGUUCCUUAUCAAAAUACUUGGACUGUGCUGGACAAUUUAGUCAAAUUUACAACAUAUGACAUCCGUGUAUUGGCCUUUAAUUCCAUGGGAGAUGGACCCCACAGUGCUCCUCACUCUAUUUAUGUUGGUGAUGCAGCACCAUCAGCGCCUCCUGUUGGGGUACGUAUAACAGCUAAGAAUGCCACAGCUUUAAAUGUCUUCUGGGAGCCACCACCUGUUGACACUCAGAAUGGAAAACUCUCAGGUUAUAAGAUCAUUUAUUGGAAAACUGAUACUCAGUCAGAACCCAGCAAACCCACUGUAGUCCCUGAGAAAGAAACGGUGAUUAAUGGUCUAGACAAUUACUCAAAAUACACAGUCAAGGUCCUGGCCUAUAACACAGCAGGAGAUGGGCCUUACAGUCCUCCAGUGAUUGGACGUACAGAGCAGUGGAAGCCUGGCAGACCCAGAUCUCUGGAUUUCUUUAACAUCACCAUGAUUUCUCUGAAUGUUACGUGGGAACCACCAUCAAAUCCAAAUGGAAUCAUCAAGUUCUAUGGACUGACAUACAAGUCUCAUGCUGAUAACAGAGUGGUAACCCUAUCUGACCUGCCUGGUAACCAUACUUAUUAUUGGGUGGACAAACUUGAGGAAAAUGUCACCUAUACCUUCACUGUGGUAGCUAAAACCAUCGUAGGCCCGGGACCUGAAAUGGAAAGCAGCAUUAAAACUGGACCCCAGAAAGAAUCUCCUGACCCUCCCCGUAAACCAUCUGUCCAGAUCUCCAAAGGACAGGUACACCUGGCAUGGGAAAACGGAAAUCAAGGAUCCUCCCCAAUCAUUGGCUAUUACAUUCAAGUUCGGGGUAUGGCUAAGGCUCCCUGGAAGACCAUUCAAUACAAGCUGUCAUCUGAGCCGCGGACUAGUCUGUCAUGGCCCAGUGACUGUGCUUUUUCUGGGAGCUGUCAGUUCAGUGUGGUGGCCUUCAACUACAAGAGUAUCAGCUACCCUAGUCCUCCCACUGAUGUCAUUAGUUCUGCUCAGGUAUCUGGCUUGGAAGAGGAGAGGCCAUUCCAUUAUGAGUGGUGGUUUCCGGUCAUUGUGGCCCUUGGGGCAGUGGUAGUGAUCCUGGUCAUCAUCUCACUUCUCUGUCUGGUCGCUAGGAACAAAAAAGAUCUGAAGAAGUCACCCUCUCAGUCAAUGUCUACCGCAUUAGAACCUUUUGAGCCCGAAGAAGGAGGAUUUGCCACAACAGAAAUCCGACAAUCAAGACGAAGUCUAGCAAGAAUAGGCAAUGGAACGUUAAGAAGCCAGCAUAGCAGGGGUCCACCUAGACCCAGUCCUGCUAGUGUUACUUACUCAGAGGACUUGGAAGGAGCUAAGGGUCCACUUCCUGAUUCAGAUGAUGAUGGAAGCAGUAGUACCACAGAAAAACCAUCAAAUCUUGGAGAUUCUUCUGAACCCAGUGAUGAUGAGAGUGAUGUCACAGAGAAGCAUUCCUCCUUCCAUCCCUCCUCUUCUCCACCCCCUCCUCCAUUCAGGAACAGAAAUUCCUCACACCAUCCAUAUGUUAAUGACCCAGUGGGUCGGUCAUGGCAACAAAGCACGCAACAGCAACACUUGAACUUCAAUGCCUACACAUAUACUGACAGUGAGGCUGAUAGCAGCCAUUAUGCAAUGAGUUUUAAUGGAGGUCAAGUGAUUUUAAACAAUGCUGCAGGAUCCAGAGCCCCUCUGCCCGGAUUUUCAUCAUUUGUGUGAUUCAGGGCCCCUCUGCCUGGAUUCUCUUCACUUGUGUGAUCCAGGGCUCCUCUGCCUGGAUGUUCUUCAUUUAUCUGACCUUCCUGUGAUGUAGAAAUACCCUAUUUUCUUUCAGCAAACCGCCCACAGAGGUCUGCAAGGGGCUUAUUUAAGGAAACUGUGAUAUUCAUGUCUCACAACCAGUAUCCACAUUUUAUUCCAUGAAGAAUAAAACUCAGUGAUUUCUUCCCUGUGGCCAAAUUAUUUCGAUGAACUUAAAUGUAGUGCUACAUGUAUGUGUUAAUUUUGCUCAUGUACAUGUACUUGGACAAAAUAAUCAUGACUGCUUUUAAUUUUUUUUUUUAUUGUGCAAUAAGAAUAGUAGUCAUUAGAUGUUACUUGUACAUGUGCUGAAGUUUCCAUAUGCAACAGAACAUGUGUCUUUGUGAAGCUGUUGUACAUGAUGAGCAAUAUGAGUUGUUAACAAAUUAUUUGUAUAUAAAAUAUACAAUUUAUGAAAGUAAUUGAAUGUGUAUAAAGAUUAUAUUUAUGUAAAGUUUCUAUGGAAACCCAUCGAACAAAGUCAAAACAACUUAGAUUGAUGUGAAAGUUGUGUACAGUUAUGUUUUUAAAAAUGCAUUAAGAUGAAAAAUACCAAAUGAUAGUUUAUAACUUUAUAUGUUUAGACAAGUCUAUUUUUAUUGAUGAAAAUGUUUUAUUAAUAAGUUUAUUUUAUUGUGAUGAAAUAAUCAAUUACAUCUUAUAAGUUUUUAUAUUUUAUGUAGUAUGUAAUAAAUUUCACAACAAAUGAAACAGAUGGUUAUCCAUCCAGAGUGGAAUCAAAAUAACAUGCAGCAUAUCAUUGCAUUUUAUAUUUAAUGGUGCAUUCCAUGUAAAUCAUUCCAUUCCUACUUCUUAUGAAAAAAAGGUUGUGUUCAGUGUUUAAGGAUGAAAAUCAUGCAUAAAAUAAGGUUGUGUUCAGUACGAUUAUUUCAGUGAUUUUCAAGUACCAAUACAUUUUCACCUUUUUUUUCACUGUGAAAUGAAAAUCAUUAGUUGAGAGUCAUUGAUCACCCUUUGCUUCAAAUGAAAUUUAUACAUGUUAAGCUUUCUUUGAUGUGUCUUUCCAUAAAGAGUAGUUCAACCAUUCAAUGUAAACUUAUUUUCUGUUUGCCAUUUUCUUUGUCCUUUCCUGUGAUGUUCAAACUUGUCACCAUAUACAUUAUGUGCAUCUUAUUACUACACUGUCUAUGCAAUAGACUUCCAUAUGUAUCAUGAAUUCCAGUAAUAUUUUUUUGUACAAUGAGAAUUAACAAAAUUUGAGGAUGUCUCAUAAUGUUGUGUCAGUUGAUGAGAGUGAAGCCUUAUUUCAGUGUUUUAAAAUACUAGACUAAAAUAAUAGACUAAGCAACCUUUUUUAUGUUCUUUUUUUAUGGCUGUUUUGUUUUGAUUUUUUAAAGAAGAAAAGCAUUGAUAAUUAGAAAUGGAAAACAUUAUGCUGUAUUUUAAUUCAUCAGGAAACCUGAGUAAUAUUCGUACAAUGCUGUUGACUGUCUCAAUGGUUUCUCUGUCUAAACAUUUUGUGUCUUUUUUUUUCUGCAUCACUUUGACUGUUCAGCAAAGAUAAUAUUUGUUGACUGUUCAGUCAGACUUUAAAUUGUAGAUAGGAUAAAUCUGAGAAUUUUAUUACUUUUAUAGAUGCCAGUCAUAUGAUCAUAUAGUCAUUGUUAAUGUCAUAGUUUCUAUUAUGUUUACUAUAGUUUUAUAAAAACUUUAAUUAUAGGUUGUCAUUAAUAUUUGCUCUGAGUUGUGGUAAAUCAGUGAAGAUGACUGUAUGUCUUAUAUUGAGUUUGUGAGAUUAUUUCGAGUAUUUAAGUUAUAAUUAAUGUUAAUUAUUGACUUACAGAUGUUCCAAUUUCAUGCAAAAAGAUUAAAAUAUUUAAAUAUU